CCCCUCCUCAGCAUCAGCAUCAGCACCAGUUCGCUGUGGCGGGGUAUGCGCGUCCUCACUAGUCUCUGUAGCCGGAAGAGGAAUGCCUUCAAGCAUACAUGAAGCAUUCAAGAUGAUGCAGGUCCUCGCCAAGGACUGUCCACCCGGGAUGUUCGACCUAACGAAGGAAUGGAAUCUGUCGUUUGCCGGCUGCGGGUUCCUGGGGAUCUAUCACAUCGGAGUGGCCAGUUGCCUGUUGGAACAAGCGCCUUACCUUAUCAAAGGAGCCGCCAAGAUUUACGGGGCUUCCGCCGGUGCCCUAACCGCCUCGGUGCUCGCCAGCCAGGCAUCCAUAGCUAAGUGCUGUGAGGAUGUGAUCGAGACUGCCAAGGAGGCCCGGAAGCGUAACCUGGGCCCCCUCCACCCCUCCUUCAACCUGGUCAAGGUCAUCAGGUCGGGCCUGGAGCGCGACCUGCCCGCCAACGCUCACACACUCGCCUCCGGGAGGCUGUGUGUGUCACUCACUCGCGUGUCUGAUGGACAAAACGUCAUUGUGUCCGAGUUCAAGUCCAAGGAGGAGCUCAUCCAGGCACUGGUGUGUAGCUGUUUCAUCCCCAUAUACUGUGGCCUGAUCCCCCCAUCCUUCCAAGGAGUGCGUUACGUGGACGGGGGAAUCAGUGACAACCUUCCUCAGUCAGAGCUGAAGAACACCAUCAGCAUCUCUCCGUUCUCAGGCGAAAGCGACAUCUGUCCCCGGGACACCUCCUUCAACAUCCACGAGCUUCGUUUCACCAACACCUCCAUCCAGAUUAACCUGGGCAAUAUGUACCGCCUCAGCAAAGCCCUGUUUCCCCCAGAACCCAAGGUCAUGGCAGAGAUAUGUCAGAGUGGCUACAAGGACGCCCUUCGCUUUCUUGAGGAGAACCAUCUGCUGAAGCUGGAGUGUCCGACUGCCGGCCCCAACCCAUCAGAAGCCAUACACACCUGCUGCUGCAAGCCCAUCCCCAUGGAAACCACUACGGACUGGAUGCUCCGGCGGCUCCGCCUCCUGAGGAAGCGGCACUGGUGGCUGGACGAGCAGAUUGUUGACAACCUGCCUACCCAAAUCAAAAAAGUGUUCUGUGAGGCGUGCCAACAGAAGCCUGGUCUGUAUGCUAAGGUGUCCGAUAUGCUACCGGUCAGAGUGGCCUCCUACAUGCUCCUGCCCUGCACACUACCUGUGGUAUCAGCCUACUCAGUGGGCAUGAGGUUUGUGGAGUGGAUCCCAGAGGUGCCUGCAGACAUGCGUUGGCUAGCUGGGGUGGCUGGGGAUGUGGCUGGGAGCGUGUACAGACAGGCCUGGAGAGGAGCACCAGCAGACAUAACCAGUGAUGGUUCCCUGAGGAAUUGCAUGAGCCUGCCCCCACCCCUAGAUAGUGACAGACACAGGGAGAGAGACUGUCACCUCGCCGGGUUCGCUCGCUCUGCUCUUGACCUCCAAAGCCAAUACUGGAACAUCCCCACCGUCCCCUCUUCCCGCCGCCCCACCAGCCCCCACAUGCCCAGCCCCUCCUCACAACAGAUCUGCUUCUUUGUUGGCUCGCAGGACGAGACUGACUGACAGUCUCAUCCACCAUUGAGAGGACACUGUGAACUUGUUUUAAAAGAUGAUAGGACAGUCCAGCUCAAGAUCCCUCCCACAGGGCCUGUCUAUAGGCUAUAGGAACUGUGAAGGGUGGUUUGGGAUGGACAAAAGAUGGUAAUGUGAUCGAAUAGCUUUGAGAUCCAGAACUGUUGCUAUAGACACACUAAUGACUCAAUCAUGUCUUUUGAUCCCUCCACCAAUCAUAUUUUAUUCUAUUGUACACAUUGGAAAACAAUUUACCAGCUCACCACCAAAGACCUCUGCAAGUGAAUUCUUUUUUUGGAUUUACACAUUUUAUAACUAACUAUGUCUAGUUUUGCCAGAUAACUUGUUGUCACUACAACUCUACCUACCUACCUACCUACCAGAGGAGGCUGGUGGGAGGAGCUAUAGGAUGACCGGCUCAUUGUAAUGGCUGUAAUAUAAUGUAUGGAACGAUAUCAAACACAUCAAACAUAUGGAAACCAUGGUUGAUUUCGUUCCAUUACUUCCAUUCCAGCCAAUAUAAUGAGCCUGUUGUCAUAUAGCUCCUCCCACCAGCCUCCUUUGCUACCUACCUACCUACCGACAGCACACAGGAGGUUGGUAGCACCUUAAUUGGGGGGACGGGCUCGUGGUAACUGCUGGAGCGGAAUUAGUGGAAUGGUAUGAAAUACAUCAAACACAUGGUUUCCAUGUAUUUGGGGCCGUUCCAUUAUUAUGAGCUGUCCUUCCCUCAGCAGCCUCCUUUGCUACAGUACCUACCUGUGUUCAGUUAAAUGUAGAAUUCAUUCCUCAUUCCUAACGGAAUGUUGACUUGAGUUGACGUUGACUUCCUUGACUAUGAGCUGUGUGUUUUCCUGACUACUAUUAGACAGGGCCCUUGAACUAUUAUGAGGACCCUUGAACUGACUAUGAACUAUUUUGAUGAGCUGUUCUGUCAAGAAAAUUGAGUUACAAAACCAUGAUGCAUCUGCAAAAAUCAUUCUGAGGUCUAAGAUGUCUAGUUUUUGGGAAAGUUUCUUAUUUUAAAUACAUUUGACAUUUUUUGCCAGAAUUUUGUAAUUUUUUAGAGCAAAUUCUCUUUACGAAAAUCCAUUCGGAUUAAAUUCUCGGGUCAUUUUAUGUUUUUAAAAUCUUUAGAAAAACAGAUUUUUAUAAAUAAAACACAAAAUAUGUUGCUGUAGUUUGUCCAUACAUCAUAAAAAUUGUAUACUAGUUGAGGUUUACAUUAAACUAUACUAUUUAUAAUUAAAGUUCAAGUAACAGACACAUCUCAACAUCAACUGUUCAGAGGAGACUGCAUGAGUCAGGCCUUUAUGGUCGAAUUGCGGGAAAGAAACCACUACUAAAGGACACCAAUAAGAAGAAACUUGCUUGGGCCAAGAAACACGAGCAAUGGACAUUAGACUGGUGGAAACCUGUCCUUUGAUCGGAUGAGUCCAAAUUUGAGAUUUUUGGUUCCAACCGCCAUUUCUUUGUGAGACGCAGAGUAGGUGAACGGAUGAUUUCCGCAUGUGUGGUUCCCACCAUGAAGCAUGGAGGAGGAGGUGUGAGGGUGCUUUGCUGGUGACACUGUCAGUGUUUUAUUUAGAAUUCAAGGCACACUUAACCAGCAUUGCUACCACAACAUUCAGCAGUGAUAUGCCAUCCCAUCUGGUUUGCGCUUAGUGGGACUAUCAUUUGUUUUUCAACAGGACGAUGACCCAAAACACACCUCCAGGCUGUGUAAGGGCUAUUUGACCAGGAAGGAUAGGGAUGGAGUGCUGCAUCAGAUGACCUGGCCUCCACAAUCACACGACCUCAACUCAAUUCUGCUUCUGAUCUAUCAUGUAUUUAAUAUCUCAAUGUUCAAAGUUUAGCCCGAAUCCAACAAAUUCUACGGAAAGAUUUUAAAAAUGGUUAAAUAUGUGCUUAGUCUGCUCAAUUAUAAGGUUAAAUUUAUACCAAAGAUAAUACUCACCAGAGGGCCAAAUAGUCUUGAAAAAUGUUGUCAGCAAAAAGGAGUUGAAGUAAACACAGCUUUAGGAAGUGGUAGUAUGGUGGCCAAUAGUGGUUGUAAUUAAGAUCAGUGUGGCGGUGAUCUUAGUGCAUAUUGAUGGCUUAACGAGAGAUCACCUCAUGUUGAGACGGUGCUCAAUGUUGGUUGCAAUUGACCCAAUGUUUUCAGUUUUCACUUCCACAGAGAGAGUACAACAAUAUACAGUACAUACUGUGGCAACACUGAAAACACUUAUUAUACACAGUGUGGCAGACGCAGGGAAAGGUGAGGGGAGUGGUUAUUGAAGGGAGAUUUCUGGCAGCUCGCUGGUUCCACCCCCGAGCAUUAUAUGGACUUCCUGCCCCAACAAGGCGAAGCUGUAGGUCGUUAAGCCAGGGAGUGCAUGGGGAUAAAGGAGGGAGCAGAGUUAUGAAGAGCGAGAGCUGCAGCGAGAUUACCCAUUGUGACCUGGACGGUCGAACUGAAAAUACAUGAUAGAUCAGAAGCCUUGAAUAUAAGGAGUGAAAGAGACUGGGUUUUAUGUCAGAAGUUAAUGGUUUUCUGUAGAAAGACAGAUGGCCUUGGAAUAUGUUGGGUGGACGGGAGGAGAUCACAGGACUGCUGUAGCGGAGCUAGUAUCUAGUAUCCUGUUACCCUCUUCCUGUCGAACCAUAAAAUGUACAGAUUGGAGAGAAGGAGGAGUGUCCGAAGUGGGGUAUAUAUACUUGUGAUGGUGAGAAAAUGUGUUUGUCUAAUUUACAGCCGUAACGAACCUCUGGGAAGAAUUAAACUUGGUUAAGCUUC